CGGUUGGUUCCCGACACGGCACCCCAACUGACCCGCCGUCUCCUCCCCCUCGCCAACCAACUCGCUCUCGCCUCCCCUCCCCUCGAUUCCGCCGGAGGCUCCGCGGGCCUCGAUCCGGUCCGGCUGUCUCGCGCGACCGCUGGUCCGAUUCGCCGGGGAGCGACCAUGAGCGAUGUCUUCGAGGGCUACGAGCGGCAGUACUGCGAGAUCUCCGCCGCCCUCUCCCGCAAGUGCGCCGCCGCCUCCGCCCUCGACGGCGAGAAGAAGAAGCAGAAGCUCUCCGAGAUCCAGGCCGACGUGCAGGAGUCUGAAUCGCUGAUCAGGAGGAUGGAUUUGGAGGCGCGGAGCCUGCAGCCGAGCGUCAAGGCCGGGCUGCUGGCUAAACUGCGGGAGUACAAGUCUGAUCUCAACAACGUCAAGGGUGAGAUCAAGAGGGUCUCGGCGCCUAAUGCCCAACAGGCCACCCGGGAGGAGCUCCUCGAGUCUGGCAUGUCGGACACGCUCGCGGCGUCAUCUGAUCAGAGAGGAAGAUUGAUGAUGACAUCAGAAAGGUUAAACCAAUCUUCAGACAGAAUUAGAGAAAGCCAAAGAACAGUGUUUGAGACAGAAGAAAUCGGAGUGUCGAUCCUUCAGGACCUUCACAAUCAACGACAAUCACUGCUCCAUGCUCACACAACAUUGCAUGGCGUGGACGACUACAUCGGCAAGAGCAAGAAGAUCCUGGCGUCCAUGUCCAAGAGGAUGGACAGGAACAAGUGGAUCGUCGGCGGCAUCAUUGCGACCCUCGUCUUCGCCAUCCUCUUCAUAUUGUACUUCAAGUUCGCUCGUUAGAGCUGAGCUUCCCCUGAGCCAUUUCAAAUGCAGCAUGUGCCUGAACUCAGGAUGUUUGUGUGUGUGUGUGGAGUGUGUUGUACAGUGACACUUGCCAGUUGCCAUGUAGCAAAUCACAAAAUAUUUGAAAGAUCUAAUGCCUUCAGGAUUCUGAAA